AUGUCUUCUGCUCCUUCAGAGAAGCGGGAGGAUCCAAGAAGCAGUGGAACAAAAGCUGAUGAGAAAGUGGCAGGAUGUGGCACCCAGAGCAGAGAUCUGAAACCAUGGAUAACUGCCCUUCUCACGGUGCUCUCCCUGAUGAUGGUGGCAGUGACCAUUGGACUUCUGGCUCACGUCUUAGUCUCUGGCCAGAAAAUGGAAUAUUAUCAAGGGACCAUUACAAUUUCAGAUAUUCAAGCCAUUAGCAAUUCAGGACGAAAGAGCUCAAAUGAACUGAAGGACUUACAGGAGGUGAAUGAAAAUUUGGUAGAUGAAAUAUUUAUAGAUUCAGCCUUGAACAAGCACCACGUCAAAAACCACAUAGCCAGACUAACUCCAGAAGAAGAUGAUGCCAAAGCAGAUAUUGUUAUGGUGCUCCAGUCCCCCUCUACUGGGCAAAGGACCAUGGGAGAAAAGAACCACAGCAUCUUAAACCAUAAGAUAAGGAACCCGAGAGCCUUGCCAGCUAGUGUCUCAUUAGUUCAAGUAAAUGCGAUGUGUUCAUCAUCAGGGAAAAUAACUUUCCAAAUGUAUUGUGGCAAACGAGCUAUCCCAUUAAUUGCCAACAGAAUAGUAUCUGGAAACCCUGCAGCUAGGGGUGCCUGGCCUUGGCAAGUUUCUCUUCAGCGCAGCAACAUCCAUCAGUGUGGGGGCACCUUAAUUGGUAACAUGUGGGUCGUCACUGCAGCACACUGUUUUAGAACUAAUGCAAACCCACGUCAAUGGACUCUUAGCUUUGGAACAACAAUAAACCCUCCCUUAAUGAAAAGAGAUGUCCGAAGAAUUAUUAUGCAUGAGAGGUAUCGGCCCCCAGCAAGAGACCAUGACAUUGCUCUUGUGCAGUUUUCUCCAAAAGUCACCUAUUCAGAUGAAGUACGCCGAAUUUGUUUGCCAGAAGCCUCUGCGUCAUUUCCGCCAAAUUCAACUUUCUUCAUCACAGGAUUUGGAGCACUUUACUAUACUGGGGAAUCCCAAAAUGAGCUCCGGGAAGCCCGAGUAGAGCUCAUAAGCAAUGACGUCUGCAAACAACCACAGGUGUAUGGCAACGACAUAAAGCGUGGGAUGUUCUGUGCUGGAUAUCUGGAAGGAAAGUACGAUGCCUGCAGGGGUGAUUCUGGGGGACCAUUGGUUGUAAAAGACAAUAAAGACACGUGGUAUCUCCUUGGAAUUGUGAGCUGGGGAGAUAAUUGUGGUCAAAAGAACAAACCUGGAGUCUACACACAAGUGACUUAUUACCGACACUGGAUUGCUUCAAGAACAGGUCUCUAAGUUGCUACAGAUGCUAAACAAAACAGCAGCAUACAGGUCAUAUGUAUAUAAGAGUUCAGACAUUCAUUUGGUGGCAUUGGUACAAUGAAGCAAGAUUAAGUAGCUGGACCUAGCAACAUGGAAUGUGUGACUUAUUUCAGAAUCACUUACUUGUGAAGUGAUGGGUUAUUUUAUCACUGAGAAAA